UUGUGGUGUGUGGGUCAUAACUGUUCACAGAAAAAUUGCCAUAGCAAAUUUAUUCAUUAAGUGUAUGUCCUUUUUGAAAAAAUUGUCAUUCUUUUUCCUCGAGAUAAAAAAUCGAUUUUUCCUUCCUGAGUAAUUAUUCAGAUCAUUUUACCGAUUCAUAAUCCAGCUGGAACUACUCAAAGAUGUUCGGAUAUAGGAAGGAAUCAAAAUGAUCCUUGUGGUAAUCAAGGAAAAAUCAGGGUAUCCUGUUCCAAGACAUUCACCGCAUAGAAUAUUAGCUACGAAUUCAAACGCAUAGUUCAAUUGUUUAAUAACAAAUGUUCCUGCAGUUUCGGUCUGCAUCCGUCACUCGCAUGAUGAACUUCAGUUACAAAAUUAUGACAUAUUUUCAAAAAAUGACAUAGUCGUUAAUGUUAAAAGUAUUCUUUGUACACGCGUUACCUCUUUAAAAAUUAUCCUUUGUAAUGAAUUUACAGUGUAAAUUAAACUCAGUGCGUGCCACACGAGCGCGUUUUCAACAACCUCAAAGAUUACUCAAUACUUCUGAAAAUGCUGCCGCAGGUGAUGCACCGCACGGCCAAAUGUCAUCUAACCUACCCUUUGAUUCAUCAAAAGAAAUACUCGCUUUAGACACUUCGUUGAUGGAAAUAGUAUCUAAAGAUGACACGGAAGCAAAGAGCAGGUCUGGUGACCCUUCAACCUGUGCGAUCAGCAAUCAGUCUUGGAGUGAUGCUGCGAGAAAAGUUUGUUCUGCGAGUGAAAAAGAUUCCCUUUAUACCAAAACGAUACUAUCCGAAGUGUUUGACAGCAUUAAUGCCAAAGAAGCAAGGUCUGUCUCAGAGGAAUUUACGGCAGGAUUACCAUAUAAAGAAUGUUCACCGGAUAUCCAUUAUGGUACUAAUUACGUAGCAGAUAAUCAGAAGUAUUGUAAAAGUUUGCAUGAUUCUAAAUUAAUGAACAUGAUGAUGCUGGGUGAAAAGAGCAACGAAGCUUCUGAAAUCCGUGGGAGAAAUAGCAAUGGAUAUUCCGAUGUUGAAAAAACUCCAUCUCCAAAUUCUAAGAUUUCAAUGUUCUCUGCUGAGAUUUGGACUGAAAAAGAACUUCCAAUUGAGGCCUGUAUUCACCCUGAGCCAAAAAUGAUCGACAAGACGUACCUUAACAACAACAGAACAACGGAUGAGUUUAAUUGCUUUACAAGGUGCAACACGGAAUCCCGUGACAUACCACUAACGCAGAUGGAUCUUGACCAAGAAGUAUUCGGGCAAAGUACCCUAAUCAGUCCACCUUUGUCCGCUAGGAAGAGCAGGACGUCAUCACCGUGUCGAAAAACCAUUAAUUUCGAUGGCGAAAUAUGGCCUGUAUGCUCAAACUUGAUUCCCAGUGGAAAAGAGUUGUCGUUUUUUACAUUAGGAGAUAAAUCCGUUGCUGCGUCAUCAAAAAUAUUGAACGAAAGCGACGAAAAAACACCUACUUCUCACGUUUUUAGUGGAUGUGCAGGUACACAAGGAGCAUCGUCGAGAUCCAUAACAGAACAGUUAGUCCUGGAAGAUAGUUCAAAGAAUAAGAAGCAAAUGGAACCAACCCAUGAAAUCGAGUAUCAGAAUUUGAACAUGAAUUUGGUGGAAACCCCACAGAGAUAUCAUCUUGAUACGCGAAAUUGUUGCAACCUCAACUCAGUCACAAGUACAUUAGGUCGAACACUGAAUAACAAUUUCCCGGAAGCGAGUCUAAAGUCUCAGUCAUCCGUUGAAGAGCGGCUUAAGCAAGAAUCAGAAGAAGCUGAACAGAGCAAGCAAGAGAUGAGAAAAUGUGUAUUAAAUAAUUCAGAGGCAUGUGAAAUAAGAAAUUCGCAGAAGAAUGCGUUAACUACGAGUAAGAAUGAACCAGGGAACAUCGUUUUUGGAGAUGUUUCGAAAGAAGAAAUAAUCAAUUCUUUAUUUUGUGAUAAAAUAUCGUCUGGUGUGAAAUGCAGAGAAAAAAUAUCCUCGCAUAAAACCAAUCAGAAAAGUAACAGUCAGAAUUUAGGAUUUACAAUGACCUACAGUGCUUGUGCAACUUCGGAUCAGAUCAGUUUUGGUCCAACCAAUACUUAUAAACUUUUUGAACAGCCGGAAAAUUAUAAAAGCCCUAUAAUUUCUUCACCCGUUUCCAAAUUACCUGCUACAGAAUUGAGGAAUUUCAGCGGGAGCGAUAACUUCUGUGUAGAAGACCAGGAAAUCGUGAAGAUAGCCAAAAGUCUGCCAGAAGCAGUCAACGAUGAAAGCCGAGACAAAGUCGAAUUAGUUUUUCGCAAUUCAAGCCUGGUACCAGAUUCUUUGAGCGUCAGAAGCUUUAAUGAGGAAGUUAAUCGAUCAACUGGUCACAUUUCUCAACAAAUCAAGACGGACCCGGCCUUGAAUAAUGCGGUUGAUACUUUGACAAAAAUCAAAAUGAUCGUAGAGGCUAACCAUCACAUGAUAGAAAGACUACAAUACCGACAUCAGAAUGUUCUGAUUCCGUGUCUGACGCCUUUGGAUGCUGGAAAAUCAUUAGCCAAGGCACUGACCAGAUGCAGAAAUUAUAUUCGGAAGAAUGGGGAAAGCAGUGAAGCUAUUAACACUGUCAACAAACUAUUGAAAAUUCCGGUACAGAACUUAAAAAAUUCUGUGGGAAGGCAAAAACUGGCGCUGGCAAACUUAGGCGAGAAGCAUUUUUAG